CUUCUUGGAUUCUUUUAAAACCACAAAACCACAAAAAAAUACUAACCCUUCUUCUUCCUCCUCCAAACAGGUCAGCAACAGUAGUGACUCACAGCCUCUCAACAACAGCUCCAUCACUACUACUACCACUCCUUCACCAACAACCACAACAACCAACAUGGAUGAAACGUUAUAAUGAGGAAACUCAGUAUAGCGUGCAUUAAUGCCAAUGGUAAACUCCGCGAGGAAGCCAUUGAUUCAGUCCUUUAUUAUUGUAAACACAUCGAUCUUUUAUUUAUCACAGAGACCUGGCUCCCUCCAGGAAAAACUAUACCCACAACAUGGCAUCAAUACCAUUUAUACGGCAAAGCAGUUUCUAACUCUUACCGUCAACAAAUGGGUAUAUCCUUGUUUAUCAACCCUACUUCCAAGUUUAACAAAAUUUAUGUGGAUUUACUACAAUCCGAAUACUAUAUGCUCUGUCACAUUGACAACCUGAAAAUAUACUGUUUCUACUUACCUCCUUUCCCUUCUUUAGAUAACAAUACAACUAUGCAAAUAAUCAAUUCCAUUCCUUUAAGCAACAAUACAAUUCUAUGCGGCGACUUCAAUGCUAGAAUGGGUAAGUACACUGGUGACCUUCGUUGGAAUCCACGUGGAUCAAAAUUAUCCAAGCACAUACAAGAUAACCACUGGUACAACUGGAAUGUUAAAUGCCAAUAUGGUAUUCCAACCCGUAUCAACUAUCGCCAACAAAGCAAUGCUACUGACAACAGUAUUGUUGAUUAUUUUAUAUCCACAUCAGACUUUCAACAAGCUGAUUUACAAAUUAAAACCGACCUUGCGAUCCUAGGAUCUGAUCACAAAAUGCUGGUCUUUUCAUUCUUAUGGGACGACCUUUCAUUUGCUGACGAUCAACAACCACAACAACGCAAAAAGUGGAAAGUGGUGCGCCUACAAGAACUCGAUGUUCUUCAAGCGUAUCGCCGUACACUCAAACAACAAUUGCACCAAACACAACUGGAAUCCAAGUUAUCUGAUUUCAUCAACUAUCUAAUAGCUUCUUCAACAGAACUAUUACAAGACCAAUGUACAGAUAACAGAUCCACUCUUGAAUAUCUCACACAGCAAUUUUAUAAUUGUCUGUAUUAUACCCUUGACAACAUCUUGACCGAAUCCGACUAUCGUCCGAAAACUUGGCGAUGGUUCUGGAACAAGUCUCUACAGACUGCAUCAAACUAUAGACAAGCCUGUUACUUUCGUUGGUGUCGUGCCUAUGGCAUCCAAAAAGGUCUCUGGUGGCGUAAGUAUAAAGAUGCAGAUAAAAAAUUAAAAGCAGCAGUAAAGCAAGCACGAGCCUCUGCAUAUCGCAAGUUCUGUGACGAGCUGGAUGAAGAUCCUACUGCGGCUAUGCCCA